GGAUUUUGGAUUUUUCUGUCACACAUGGUGUUCAACAACGAGGUGCGUACGGCUUUUAAAAGACACUGGGAGAAAUGGCAGCUAUCAAGAGAGUCUGCAUCGGACUACAACGCAUCGUACAGUGCAACCAAUGACAGCCAAAGCUACGAAUCUAAACACAAGAACAAAAACAUCUCUCGAUCCUCAAAUAGUAACAACAACGCCAUUGCCAGACUCAAAGCUCGGUUGUCUAUGAGUUUGAUGCCAAGAACCACCCGUGUCAUUUCUGUCCAGCCAUUCAGCAGCAAAAGUGACGACUCCGGGAUCCACAUCGAGAGAAAAUACCACAAUAAACAAGCAUCCAACAAGCUGUCGUCUCCUGAACAAGAAAUGUCCUCUCUUAAUUCACCCAUCAUUCAUUAAGAACUGACUCAUUCAUUCAUAAAGACAAUGCUUACUGUCUCCCUUCAUUACGAAGUCACAUAUUCAUGCAGGAUCGCCUAGAAUCCAGAGGGGGAAGGGGAGGGGUGAUUUCCCUCUCCCCUUUUCCCGCCUAAACUAAAAUCCUGUAUCUGAAAUCCUAGAUUCAAAGAAUCAGCCGCAAACCAGUCAUAAAAACCACGCUCUAUGCCAAUGAUUUGGAUAAUUUUUCAAUUUAAUAUUUUCUUAGAUUUUCAGUAGCAAUCAAGGACUUUUUGUGGUCAUUACGUCAGGAAAAAAUGCUGCUCAUUCCAAUAUAAUUUAUUGCACUAUCCAUAGACCCCUUUAGAAUGUUUUUGGAGGGUAACAGGAAAAUACGAAUGAAAUGGCAAAAAUGCCAUUCAGAAAAGGUGUGAUUUCUUUUGUAUUUUCGCCUUAUUUUGGGAUCAUUUAUGGMAUGACCUAUAUUUCUUGAAUGACGUAAAAAUUUCAUUCCCACUACGCUGAAUAAUUCUAGCUCAAUGAUGGUAAUUGAACUGAGUGGAGUGCAAUUUAAACCAAAAUCAUAUGAAUGAUUACGAAAUUGCACGACCGCAUAGCGGGAGUCCAAUUUGUAAAUUAAAAGUAGGAUUUUGGUCCAAAAUUGCACGACAUGCACGGAGUUCAAUUGACCUAUAACAUUAUGACGUCACAGCUUGUUUACAUGGGCAAGAAUGAUAGGAAUUUAGGCGAAAUUUUCUUUCGUUCGGGAUCUAGUACAACAUUUGUCUGUUAUCAUCUUUCGCCGUCUAAAUAACCAUUUUUUUUUAUCGUGAUUUAAUUCGUUUUGCUGUUAUUUUGCGCCCAAGUAUGCGAUUUGGGAAUUAAUCGCACUCCUUUGAACUAAUCAGAUUGCAGGAUUUGGUAGUGAUUACAAAAAGGACAUGAUUGAGGUUGUAACCAAAUUCCAUUUCUCAUCAGUUCAAUUUUCAGGACCCUUUCAUCAUUGGUUUAGYGUAAAAAUACAAAAUAAACAAGUAUAACAAACGAUUUGAGAUUUAAUACAACUAUUAGCACUGAUGAAAAAAAUGUAAAAUAUCGUGUAGAACGGAACUUGAAACAACUUACUGUACUACUCUUCCCAGUAGACCGAGGUAGUUGAAACUUGACUGAAUUUUGAUCACGUGGUGUAAAAAACUUGUCCUCGUGGUACAACAUUGGCAUCACGUGGUCGAUUUGAAAUAUACUUGCGAAUAACAUAACAGACGCUACGAAGGCGAUUAAAAAAUCACAACUACCUCGGUCUACWGGGAAGAGUAGUAGGUUAGCGAGAAAACUUGAGUUUCGUAAGAAUUAAAUUUAUUUUUUAGUUGUUAAUAGAGUAAGUCUUAGAGUUGUUAAUGUCUUAAAGGAUUUAUGUAGUAAAACGUUUGAUAGUAUUAAAAUUAGUUACGUUUAUUCAUAGUUAAUAGUUAACUAUGGUAUACUCAACAGGCUUGACAAUGAUGAUAAGCUUUUUUAAAAUGUUUCUUAUCAGAAUGCACAGUUAAAUUAUGUUAAAAAUUAUGAUGGGAUUAGUAAAGAAAUAUUCGAUUCUA